AUGCUAGUGGUGGUGGAGCUUGUGGUGGUAACCACAAUUGCAACGAAGUUCACCCUCAUCUGUGUCUUCGAAUACCUACCAUUCGUACUUCCUGACGACGCCCCCCAGUGCACGGAUUAUGUGUACAUCCGGUUCUUCGUGUACUCGCGACUGGCUAACCAGGAGCCGCUUGUGUUCGAGAAGAAGAAGCGAUACGAUGGCAGGGUUAAGCUGUACUACGACGACACCACUGAAGUAUGGCGCAAGCUGAGCGACUACAAGAUCCUGGACAACUACGUGAGAAACAGCAAGCGCGUCUUCAACAACUCACGCUGGUUUCUCGGCAUGUGGGGCGCCACGUUCACCCGCCUCAUGUCAGGUCUGUGGGACGCAGACAAAUUCCGGGAAGCGCUUCAUAGCACGCUUCGGAGCCGCAACUUCAGUGCCAAGCUGAACAUCACUGACUUCGACGGGUUUGCCAUAAUCAACACCAUCAUCGCGGACACAAGGCCACUGGGCCGUGCACAGCCGUUCGGCGCAGCCUUCCGGUCAGUAAAGGAUCCGAUACUGGAACCGAACUGGGCCUACAUUCACACGGCAGCCAUUUGGCCAGGUGGACCGUCGUUGGUUCCAGAAUCAAUGGUGGCCAACAUACUCAGGGACGCCGACGUGGUGGGGAUAAGCACGAGCAAUAGCACCGACGAGAGCAACAUCAUCCUGGACCGAGCGUCGGGCAACGUCGUUCCCUACAAGGCCGCUUCUCCGCCUAACCCCAUCAUGCCAGCCGGUCCAGGCACCCGAGGAAUGCUGGACAUUCUGAAGGACUUUCCGCACUGGAAGCAGGUGCUUCAUCGCCAGAAGCUCUGCUUCUCCGUGACCUCGGCCAUCAACUACGCGCAUAGCAGCGCAGAUAACAUCGAUUUUGUCCACCCUAUCCGCUUGAAGGAGGACGUGCAACGAUUCAGCCGGCUAAGGUUCACGAAGAAGACCAGGAGGGGCAAGUACCCGGUAGAGGAAAAAGGAGGGACCUCCUAUUACUUCGACAACAAAACGCACACGCACUUUUGGCGUUUCGUUCGCAAUGACAAAUUGUUGACCUUCUUUGCGUACGACACGGGAUCGACGCUGUCAUACAAGAUGACGGAGAUGCUCAAGGCUUACGGAGAUGACAAAUGCGUUGUCUUUGACGAUUAUGGAGAAGACGCCGUGGCUGGGAGCUUCACCGUCGGUGGCAAGAGUGUUCACUUCGGGAAGUUCGAGUUGAUUUCGGCCGUGCAGGCUGCAAUGCACAAGAAAUACGGAGCGCAGUCUCCCGGAUAAAGAAGAUGACAUGAACUAAGUUCAGGCUGUACGUCACUCAGCACGCGGUAAAGAAAGUGACGUCUGGGUCAACAAGAAAUGACUAUUUCCGCGCAGUCUUCACGAGCAGUGACCGUUUUACAAUGAUACAAGAUGCCCUCUGUUUAUUGAUGUGGUCGGCAACUGCAGUUGGCCACGUCGUGGCUGCUUUGCUUUGAAUUAUUUCUCCCAAUUGCAGUCAUCAAGUCGACGUGAAUAUUUGUGUUUACUUAGUUUUUUCUUCCACUAUGAAGGCACUGAUUUUUAUCGUUACAAUGUGAUCACUUUGGCUAUGGUGUGUACAUUGCUUUUCAGAGUCGCCCACCUUAUGCCGCUUUGACAGUGUGCAUAGUUUCAUGUUUUUUCUCGUGACGCUAUGAAACAUUCGACUUCUGUGAAACGCGAUACAUUGACGACUCAUCGCGAAGUGUCGUUAACGAUUGGAACCAACACCAAAGUAUGGCUGAGCAUGCUCGAUGGGUGUGUAGACAGUGGUCCACACAACUACGCGCCAUACGGUCACAUCACGUGAAUAGUGACACUUGUAUUGUUAUCAGGUUACGAACAUAAUCACCCAUGACGUCAUUGCUUUACUGUUGACGAGCUGGACAGACUCACUUCAUCUCGCAAGUGGCAACCUGUGGCUGCGCCAUAAGGAGCGAUUUGUUUUUCUUUCUUGUAUUUUAUUUUUUCGUUAUAAUUCUUUCUCAAUACCAUCAAUUAUGUGUAUUUAUAUUGUUGGAAAACAUGGGUAUAGAAGGAUAAUUUUAUUAAUUCAAGUAUCGAUUUAGGACUCGCCCUGUCUUCCCGCGAGCCACAAUAAUUGGCUUUUGGUACUGCUGAUAAGAACGCACUUAGCGUAGGUGCGACGACAUGCAAAAUUUUGCACACGUAUAUAAGUUGGAACCUUGUUUGAGAAAGGAUCACAGAAGUGGUGAUGGUUUGAAGUGCCGUGCAGGAGAGCUGCGGUGGUUGCACGCAGACACUUUCUGACCAAAUGUGCGGAGCAGAUCACCUUUGCUGACUUAUUUACAAUAUUUGAAUAAUAAUAUUUCUCUUUCUGCUA